CGUUUUGUUUUCAUUUUUCCGUCAAAUUUUUCGGACGUCGUUAGUCAACGGUGAAAUAGCGUCGCGUUCGGGCUGUCCGUUGGAAAAUACGUUGGCCGGGGCGGAUACAAAAAAAAACGUGAGCGAGUCCAGUGCAGAGACCGGAAGUAAACAGCUCGCGGGCCGGAUUUGAACAGGCGAACGGGAAAGCGGAAGCUGCCGUUAGUGAACUUUGACUUGAAUUGACUGCGCGCUAGUGGCGAGUCCUUAUUAGCAUAGAAUACGCGGUUGGGGGCUCCUUGCGCCCGCCUUCAACCCCUUCGGGCCCAGCUGCCCGUGACUUUCAAACGAGCGCCAAAACGCACGUGACUGGCAUCGUUACCAGCUCGUUACCGUCCAUGGUCCGCAUUUCUUGGCGCGCGUUCGCGAAAAUCGCAAAUGAUUGCUGCCGGCCCCAAUCAGGUGCCCAUUCGGUCGUCGGUGCAUCAUUAAAUCUGACGCAUGACGCAUGGUGUGUGUGCAUAACAGUGAAACCGCGGGUUCUGCCUAGUGCGGACCGCGAAAUUGCUACAAAUCGCGCCUGGAACUAGCGCAAAAUAUGGACGCGGCCGCUGACAGGCUUCUCGGCGUCAGCGCUUGUGACUUGUGACAAUUGCCAGCCGCGGCGGGCGACGGAAGUGAGUGCAUUGGUUCGAGGCAGUCAAACCGGUGGACAGAGUGCACUUAGUGGGAGGAGUUCUUGGAGCGAGCGACAGGUUCCCCGAUUGGGAAGGUUCAAGGGCUCGCGGUGACUUGGACGCGGAGAAAGGUUUGAAUGCUCAAUCGCACCUCAACUGGCACGAGUUUAUGGUAAUAUUAAGAAAGCAACCACCAGCCUAAUCACCGGAAACAUGCCCCUUCUUAUAGCCGCUCGGAAUCAACAGCCCAGUCAUCGCCAUAUGGUGGGGAACACCUCAACCAGCAACGGCCACGGGGGUAGUGACCAGCCUCUGGACUUUACCAUGUCAAAGGUUAGAGCUAGUCCGAAAUCGUUACAAGAAACCGACGGAAUAGAUUUAAGUGACCGCCAUGCUUACUACAGCACCAACGGAACGGAUAGUGAUAUCGAGUUUCCAAAAAGUGUCCAAUUAAAAAAUAAUAAUUUUAUUGUGAACAGUAUUAACAAUAACAACAAUAAUAAUAAUCAAUUGCUGAAAAAUUGCAAUGCAGAUAGUGAAAUGUCUCGUAACAAUAAGUCUCCGCAAAGUGAUGACAGCAGUGGUUCGACCAGGACUCAGCAAAUGGAGAAUCGACGGCAGGAACAUGAGAAACAUGCGCAACUUCUAGACAAAUGUUGGCCAUCCACAGACAGACGACGUGAAACAACGGAACAAUGGCGCCCACCAUUCUCGCAAUCAGUAGCGUCAUUGACACCAACGCCACCACCUAUAUCAGCGGCGGCAACAACGACGGCAACGGCCGCACACCAGACACAACAAACCAUUCAACAAGAAAGGUCCGCUCACAGUCACCAGCAUCAGGGACAUCAUCAGGUUCAACCUCAACAGCAUUCAACGCCAUCAUAUAAUCCGAGUGCCAGGAUAUCACCACAAACAACAUUUAUAGCAUCUAAUCAAAGAUUACCCACCCAUCCUCAUCAGAACGCAACAACACCCCCUAUGUCACCCCUGUCUUCACCAAACACUCCAAUCACCUAUAUUCCCUCCACGCCGUCCCAUUUUCUCGUGGUGCCUCCACACAAGGUCCAAUCCCCAAAAGAAUUGAGUGGUAUUCCACCACCGACUAGUAUUAAUUCGUCCCUUCCCUUCCACGAAUUAGUAUUCCAGCCGCAUGAAGCCACCCCAUCAUCUGUUAAUUUGGCGACAAGUACUGCUGCUGUGAGUUCUACCCUUCCCCAUCCUCUCCUGCUACAGAUUCCCGUCACCUCAUCAACUCCUCGGACAAUUUCUCCAGCUCCACUGUUGGCCUCACACAAUGUACGUCUUAAUGCAAUGGCUCCCCAUUCGCACAAUGAAACGGAAAAGUUGUCAACGUGCUUUCCCAACAACUUGGAAAUGCUUUCGCCCACAAUGCGACGAAGUUCGGAACAUGAAAGAAACUUUCUUGCCUCACAUUUUCAUGAGCGAGACCGACUCAUUCGGGAACAUCAAUUGCAACAACAAAAACAACGAAUGGAAAUGAAACGUGUUCUCCUAAAUGAGGACCAUCGGACAUCCAAUGAGCUAAUCAAAAGUUCAAAAGUAAUCGGCGAAGGCACUUAUAGCACUUCUAACUAUCCAGAGGAAUGUCCUUCGAAAGAUCUUGGCCGCCUAUCGAAAUCACCACCAUCAUCGCCACUCCUCCGCUCGUCAGGACCACUAGAGAGCGAUGAUUCAAGCGAUGGCGAACGACCAGACACCCUACCUUACAGAAGAAAAGAGAAAUUCAACUCCUCAGAAAAUGUCCUUAAUCUUACAAAUGAUACACCAAAAAGGUUACCUUCACCAACAGCAAACAAAACCAAUAAAUCUGCGAGACGGCAUCAUCCACUGCAAAGCCAAAACAGCCAACCAGCCACACAUCCAACCGGUUCAAUUGCAGCAUUAGCUGCUUUUCAAAAUCCCCUAGCAUCCCUCAUUCUACAAGGACAACUAAACGGGAUGAGUCCACAUGAUCUUCAGCAAGCUUUCCUAAAAAUCAUGCAUGAAACUGCUUCAACACAAAUGGCUCCUAAUAGUAAUACUGUGAGUGCGCAGCUAUCAAUGCUGCAAAACCCUUUCCAAGCUUUGGCGCAAGCAACACAGCAAUAUCAUGCGCUUCAAAAACAACAUCAACUUAAGAGUCAAAACCAUGCAACUCCGCUUCCAAAUUCACCUUUGCAUAGUCCAUCCACUAGCCCUGCCAGUCUGGCAACUACCCCGAUUUCCAUGCUUGGGCACAACCAGACUACACCACCGAACUCCCAAAGCUUUAACGUUUCCGGGCUCCUGACACCCUCAACUCCAGGAUCUGAUCUACGUUCGCCCCAGAUGAACAACCAUAUGCCAACAGUUUGUGCAAUGGAUUCUUCGCCUGAGCAAACUCCAAAUCUGGAGGAGCUUGAACAGUUUGCGAAAACGUUCAAACAAAGACGGAUAAAGCUGGGAUUUACGCAGGGUGAUGUAGGACUAGCGAUGGGAAAACUGUAUGGAAAUGACUUUUCGCAGACAACCAUAUCACGAUUUGAAGCUUUGAAUUUGAGCUUUAAGAAUAUGUGCAAGCUGAAACCGUUGUUGCAGAAAUGGUUGGAAGAUGCAGAUACAAGUGUAUCCAAGCCAGGAGGAAUCUUUGGCAUCACCACUCUGACAAACACUCUGACAACCCCAGAAGCAAUUGGUCGUCGACGAAAGAAGCGAACCUCAAUCGAGACUACCGUCCGCGGAGCGCUGGAGAAAGCGUUUCUAAUCAAUCCAAAACCCACAAGUGAAGAAAUCUCAUCACUGGCCGAACAGCUUCACAUGGACAAGGAGGUCGUACGAGUUUGGUUCUGUAAUCGCCGUCAGAAAGAAAAACGGAUAAAUCCUCCAGGAUCAUUGGAUAGUCCUACGGGUACACCAAAUAGCACCAACAGCAUGUUCUGUUUGCCGGGACUUAAUGCAGGUAGUUUGCCACCAUUGGGGGCGGCUUUCAAUGGGGGCAAUAGGAGCGCUAGAGAUAGUUCAGAUGGAGGCUCUAUGACCCCCACCAACAUGAGUCCAAUGUCACCACCGUAUCAUAUCCACCACCAUCACCAAUCAAUGUCAAUGCCACCGGAAUGACCAACAGCUUCGUGGUGUAUUAAUGACUACGCCCGAAAUCUGUUGCCCUCCGCCACUAUGGAAUAUAAACCGAACAUCAAUAAUCAUAUGAACAUUAAAUAUGUCGAUUAGAUUUAGAGGUCAUCUGGAUUCCAACGGAGAAUUAUGGUAUUUACCAUAUGUCAAUCUGUAAAUACUUUUGUAAGUAGAGCCGAAAAUCUUAUUUAACAAAAACCGGACUGGGUCGAAUACAUGAGUUGGGUUUGCUUCCGCUUAGAGAGCGUUGAAAUUACUAAAAAAAAAUCUUAAAAAAAAGAUACAGAGUCUGGAUAUUAUAUAAAAACCGAAAUAUAAAUUUAAAUUAAUAAAAAAAAUUAAAGGGGGGUUUUUAACUUCUUCAAUAAAUCGUUCAGAACAGUUUUCUUUUUAAAAUUAUUUUACUCUAAAACAAUUCGGUCCCCAUUUCAACAAGCUGCUAUGACCUAUGCACUAAUAUUAAGGAAGAGAAUUAGAUAUAAAUGCGUAAACAGAAUUAUUACUGCUAAUAAUGAUAUUAAUACCGAAUUUAUAUUGAAUACAGCCAUGAAUCUAAUAGAGGCGUAAAAUUAUCAGAUAUUUAGCAUAGAUAACGUUAUCUACAUAACUCAUGUGUAAAAAUACAAAAUAUAGUUCCUAUUACAACAAAAAUUUUGAUUGAAAAGUCUAAUAUUCCAGAAAACACGUUUGUAUACGAUAUCUUAUGAUUUAUUUCAAAACAAUUUGAAAUUAUAUUUGAUGAUUUAAGAAUUGAAACUGAAUCUACAUUGGCAUUUCCAUUUUGCGCCGUAUAAAUGUCAACUGUACCAAGAUUUAUUUUCCAUUUGACUCAGAAAUGGCACUCACCACAUUAUGGCUAUCAUUCAUUUUAUUAUCAAUAUCUUUUUCUGAUAAUUAUUCGUAAUAUUCCAUAUCUUUUCCAAGGAAAAUUAUAAUAAAUCACGGAAUUUAAAUUCAAUAAAUUUAGAUUCAUUUAAUUCGUCAUUUGUUAUAUUAUUUUGGAACGAGUGACGAAUCGACUGAAUCAACUGAGAACAAUUUAUAAUCAUCAAAUAUAGUUUCAUCUGAUUUUAAAGAGAAAAAAAAUAAUGAAAAAUUUACCAAACCAUUUUACAUAAAUAUAUAUAAACAUAUCGACAUAUAACUGAUCUUAUUUUUCGGUGUUAUUUCCUCAAAAUGAAAGAUAUGAUCAUUAUUAUAAUUUUUAAAUAUAAAUUUACAUUUAUAAAAUCUAAUUUUGAUUUAUUGGAAAUAAAUUU